UUCAGCUUCCCUUCCCCGUCAUAUUAUCGUGUUAUUUCCCUCACCCUCUUUAGAACCUUUUUUUUUCUCUUCCUAGCUGGAGGCAGACUCUCGAGUCUCCUACUAGAAACUUCGCCCGUAAUCUUAUUAAACUACUCCGGCUCAAUCCCCGUCCUCCACAUUACUUAAAAUGGCGGCGCCCGGCCAGCCGUCUCCCCAGCAGAUGGCCGCCAUGCAGCAACAGUUUGCUGCUGAGGCCGCAAGGCGUGGCAUGACGCCGGAGGAAUUUGCUAAACAGCAGCGCGAACAGCUGAACGCUGAGGCUCAGAAGCACGGCAUGACCACCGAACAAUACGUUACCCAACUGAGAAUGCGAGCUCUCGCUGCCCACCAGAGGCAGGAGGCCCAACGACAGGGUCAAGGAUCUCCACAGCCAGGACAGCCCGGAGAAGAAGGCCAGCAGGCACCGCAACAAUCGCAACCCCAACAGACCACGCAUCAGGUUCCUGUGAACCCGUCGAAUCCCCCGGAUCCGAAGGCCAUCGCGGUUGCGCAGUUCUUGCGCUCCCAGAACCUGAAGCCGAGAACAUGUAUCAUGGACGGACAAAGAAAGGACAUGUUCAAAGUGAAACGUGCUAUUCGCGCCCUCGAAUCGCCCGCGUAUGCUAAAGCAGCCGCAAAGAAAAAUUCCCUUCUCCCCCCGGUAACGGACCGUGCCUCUGCGGAGAACGUCUUCAAGCUCCUUCCUCUGUCGCUCCUUGCCUUGCGAGUGUCCAAAGUCGAUCCCCAUGCAGGUCAUAAUCACGCGAAGCCCAAGAACCGAGUCAAGGGACUGUGGACCGUCAAGAUCGAGCAACACCAGGAAACAGACCCUAUGAUGCACUACGUGUGGCUGUACGAGGGCCCCCAAUGGAAACAGAAGGCUAUGGCCGCCGCCGUGGUGGCUGGUAUCUUUGCCGUUGUUCUCUUCCCAUUGUGGCCCAUGAUGCUGAGACAGGGCGUCUGGUAUCUGAGUGUCGGUAUGAUGGGUCUACUGGGAUUGUUCUUCGCCAUGUCCAUCUUCCGUCUCAUUCUGUUCUGUGUCACCGUCUUUGUGGUUCCCCCGGGUCUCUGGUUAUUCCCGAACUUGUUCGAGGAUGUUGGUUUCUUUGAUAGUUUCAAGCCCUUGUGGGGUUGGCAAGAGGGCAAGAAAAAGAAGAAGUCCAAGAAGACUUCAGCCGACGCAUCCAAGUCCAUGGAGGCCCCAGCUUCUCAACCAGCCGACUCUACCCCGUCAGCAACCACAACAGCAACACAGGCCCCGGAUACUUCGGGUGCUGUGAAACGUGAUCUGGCCCCUCGAGUCGAGGAGGUGACGGACGAGUAAUAUAUAGAAUUAACUACUUUGAGAGUUGCAGGUUCUUUUGCAUCGUGUCGAACUGGAUCAUUCUUACUCGGGUAUGGUUUAGGCUCCGCACCUGCGUGUUACUCCGUAUCUAUUUCUCCUUUGCCUUUUGGCAGUUGCUUCCUUUUGUUUGAAGUAUUUAUGUUG